UCUCUCCUCUGUCUAUAAAUAGAGACCCCAAAUCCCAAAUCUCUUCUCCCCAAGAUACACCUCUCCAUUCCUCAUUCCAUCAUCAUCAUCAUCGUCAUCAAAAUCAUCUCCAAAAUAAUUUCCUCAUCUUUAAGAUCAACUCUCUUAGAAUCCAUCAUUAAUUGUUGCUCUGUUCUCUUUAAGCUCUUCCAGUCGUUGUUGAGUUUCUUCCCAUUGCAUGCCCCAGCUUCAAUGGCUUGUCUCAGUAUCUCUUGUUUUGAUGAUCAGAGUACUAAGAAGAAGGUGAUGACAUCGGAGAAGGAAGUUUGUACGCUCGAUGGAGCGGUCGAUCGACACGGUCGACCUGCUAUUCGGGACAAAACUGGAACUUGGGUUUCUGGAAUCUUGAUACUUGUGAACCAAGGGUUGGCUACAUUGGCAUUCUUUGGAGUUGGAGUAAAUUUGGUACUAUUUCUCACAAGAGUGUUGGGACAAGACAAUGCCGAAGCAGCCAACAACGUUAGCAAGUGGACAGGAACUGUUUACAUCUUCUCUCUUCUUGGAGCUUUCCUUAGUGAUUCCUACUGGGGAAGGUUCAAGACUUGUGCCAUUUUUCAAGCCAUUUUCGUCAUUGGUCUUGCAUCAUUAUCAAUAACAUCCUACGUAUUUCUGGUGAGACCUAAAGGAUGUGGUGAUGAACAUACACCAUGCAAUUCUCAUUCUUCCCUCCACAUUGCUCUGUUCUACCUCUCAGUUUACUUGGUUGCUCUUGGCAAUGGAGGUUACCAACCCAACAUUGCUACAUUUGGGGCAGAUCAGUUUGAUGAAGAAGACCCUAAAGAAGGCCACUCUAAGAUUGCUUUCUUCAGCUAUUUCUACUUGGCUUUGAACCUUGGUUCCCUAUUCUCCAACACAAUUUUGGGUUAUUUUGAAGAUGAAGGAAUGUGGGUUAUUGGGUUUUGGGCUUCUACAGCUUCUGCUGCCAUGGCUCUGCUCUUGUUCCUCUGUGGAAUCCCUAGAUACAGACAUUUCACUCCUAAAGGGAAUCCCCUCUCUAGGGUUUCUCAAGUGGUGAUUGCAGCUACUAGGAAAUGGAAGGUUCAGAUGAUGCCUAAUUCAGAGGGAUUGUUUGAUGAUGAUGAUAAGGAAUUGGCUAGCAAUGGAGCUAGGAGAAUUCUUCAUACCAAUGGGUUCAGAUUUUUGGAUAAAGCAGCAGUAAUUACCUCGUCGGAGUGUGACAAAUUAGACGACGGAGCUCGGAAUCCAUGGCGUUUGUGCACGGUUACUCAAGUCGAAGAAGUCAAAUGCAUUCUCAGACUCCUCCCGAUUUGGCUUUGCACGAUUCUCUACUCCGUCGUCUUCACUCAAAUGGCUUCUUUGUUCGUCGAGCAAGGCGCCGCCAUGAGAACCAACAUUUCUACAUUCCACAUUCCUCCCGCAAGCAUGUCGAGCUUCGACAUUCUCAGUGUCGCAGCGUUCAUCUUCAUUUACCGUAGAGUAAUCGACCCAGUCUUUGCUCGAUUAACUAAAUCAAGCCUCACAGAGCUUCAAAGAAUGGGGAUCGGCCUCGUAAUUGCAAUCUGCGCCAUGGUAUCCGCCGGAACUGUAGAGAUUUUCCGACUAAAACACGCCAACAAAGACUGCCUACAUUGUGACGAUUCGAGCUCCUUAAGCAUUUUCUGGCAGAUUCCGCAAUAUGUAUUGAUCGGAGCAUCAGAAGUUUUCAUGUACGUCGGCCAACUGGAAUUUUUCAACAGUCAGGCACCUGACGGACUCAAAAGCUUCGGUAGCGCCCUAUGUAUGACCUCAAUUUCCUUCGGUAACUACGUCAGCAGCUUGCUGGUGACGAUUGUGAUGAAGAUAUCGGCGACCGAUAACAUGCCGGGAUGGAUCCCCGGAAACCUAAACAAAGGUCAUUUAGACCGAUUUUACUUCCUCUUGGCCGCCCUCACGGCAGCGGAUCUCGCCGUCUACAUCCUUUGCGCCAAAUGGUACAAAUACAUCAAGUUCGAGAGUCGUGAGGCCGACGCCACCACCGCCGUCUAGGGUUUGCUCUGCUCCGGUAGAAGAAUGUAGUUGCCAGUGUGUAUCCAUUCCAUGCCGUUUGAUCCAAUUUCAAUGGUCUAUGAUCGUAUUUUUAGAUUGGAAGAAAAAAUAAAUAAAUAAGUAAAUGGUUUCGAGGUGGCUCGAUUAAGAUCGUUGAAAUUGGACCGGUCAAUCGCGGCCGUAGAUAUGAAGGAAAAGAAGACCCACCCGGUCGAAGGAUAAUCGGCCGGUUGAUGCAAUGAAACUUGAGAGAUGAUUCCGGUUGCUUCUCCAGUUGAGCGGUGUAAUGAGAGAUUUUACUUGACAAAGGUGGGUGUGUUGAGUACAAACUUUUAUUCAUGUCCUUUUUAUUUAAUUCAAUGUUUCAUUGUAUUAUUUUUCAUUCUAUGUAUUUAAUUAAAUUGGCCCAUUUUUAUUUUUAA